UCUCUUGACUUGUGUUGCCUAGCCCGUGGCUCUGAGGUUCAACCUCCACCUGGUCAAUGAGGGCAAAGUCAGCUCCUCCGCUGUGGAGGGAGAAGGAGCACCAGGGGAGCACAGUCCGAUCAAAGCUUCCUCCAGAGGGGUGGCUGUGGUCACGUGCAUCUUCUCUAGCCUAAGAAAAGGAUUUCCCUGUUUCACCCAGCAGUGCCCUCUUUCCCGAAGCAAAGCUCCUACCGUCCCUCCAUCCUCUGUGCGUCUAAGUUUGAGCCGGCCCUCCUCCCUUUAACCAAAGAGAAGUCCCUCCCGUGCUCUAACUCUCCAUCCUGCGUCGCCACAGCGCCUUCCAUCGCUCCCUCCCCGCCCAUUCUGCCCUCCCCUCUGCAAGUCCUGGGCUCCCAUCCGCAACCUUGUCCUACUUCGCUUGUCCUCGGUCUGGCCACUGUCGCCCGGAACCCGCGCAGAGAAGGGAGCGGGUCCCGUGACCGCGCAGAGCCCCCCACGGGGGCGGCAAAGGCCGGGGACGGCGGGGAAGGCGGGGCGCGUGGGAAGAAAGGGGGUUUUGUGCGGCUCCCGGCGAGCUGGCGCCCCCGUCUGCGUCCCGCGCGCCCGGCCCUGCUCGCGCCCGCGCAUUGCGCCGCAGUCUCGGCUGCGGCUGCGGGACGCGCGGUGUGUGGAGGGGACCUCACAAGGGCAGUCGGGUCCUCUGAUCUCAAGCUUCCAUCCUCGUCUUGUGCUGCCUCAACAGCGGUAAAAGAGGUGACUACAGGGCCGGGCGUCGUUUCUUCCAAGUUUGCAGCAUGAUCCCAUUGCUUCUGUCCCUGCUGGCAGCUCUGGUCCUGACCCAAGCCCCUGCAGCCCUCGCUGAUGACCUGAAAGAAGACAGCUCAGAGGAUCGAGCCUUUCGGGUGCGCAUCGGUGCCGCGCAGCUGCGGGGUGUGCUGGGCGGUGCCCUGGCCAUCCCAUGCCACGUCCACCACCUGAGGCCGCCGCCCAGCCGCCGGGCCGCGCCGGGCUUUCCCCGAGUCAAAUGGACCUUCCUGUCCGGGGACCGGGAGGUGGAGGUGCUGGUGGCGCGCGGGCUGCGCGUCAAGGUAAACGAAGCCUAUCGGUUCCGCGUGGCGCUGCCUGCCUACCCCGCAUCGCUCACAGAUGUGUCUUUAGUAUUGAGCGAACUGCGGCCCAAUGAUUCCGGGGUCUAUCGCUGCGAGGUCCAGCACGGUAUCGACGACAGCAGUGAUGCUGUGGAAGUCAAGGUCAAAGGGGUCGUCUUCCUCUACCGAGAGGGCUCUGCCCGCUAUGCUUUCUCCUUCGCUGGAGCCCAGGAAGCCUGUGCUCGCAUCGGAGCCCGAAUUGCCACCCCUGAGCAGCUGUAUGCUGCCUACCUCGGCGGCUAUGAACAGUGUGAUGCUGGCUGGCUGUCCGACCAAACCGUGAGGUACCCCAUCCAGAACCCACGAGAAGCCUGUUAUGGAGACAUGGAUGGCUACCCUGGAGUGCGGAAUUACGGAGUGGUGGGUCCUGAUGAUCUCUACGAUGUCUACUGUUAUGCCGAAGACCUAAAUGGAGAACUGUUCCUAGGUGCCCCUCCCGGCAAGCUGACGUGGGAGGAGGCUCGGGACUACUGUCUGGAACGCGGUGCUCAGAUCGCUAGCACGGGCCAGCUAUACGCGGCAUGGAAUGGCGGCUUGGACAGAUGUAGCCCUGGCUGGCUGGCUGAUGGCAGUGUGCGGUACCCCAUCAUCACGCCCAGCCAACGCUGUGGGGGAGGCCUGCCAGGAGUCAAGACCCUCUUCCUCUUUCCCAACCAGACUGGCUUCCCCAGCAAGCAGAACCGCUUCAAUGUCUACUGCUUCCGAGACUCUGCCCAUCCCUCUGCCUUCUCUGAGGCCUCCAGCCCAGCCUCUGAUGGACUAGAGGCCAUUGUCACAGUGACAGAGAAGCUGGAGGAACUGCAGUUGCCUCAGGAAGCUGUGGAGAGCGAGUCUCGUGGGGCGAUCUACUCCAUCCCCAUCACAGAAGAUGGGGGAGGAGGAAGCUCUACCCCAGAAGACCCAGCAGAGGCCCCCAGGACUCCUCUAGAAUCAGAAACCCAAUCCGUUGCACCACCUACCGGGUCCUCAGAAGAGGAAGGCGAAGCCCUGGAGGAAGAAGAAAGAUUCAAAGACACAGAGACUCCGAAGGAAGAGAAGGAGCAGGAGAACCUGUGGGUGUGGCCCACGGAGCUCAGCAGCCCUCUCCCUACUGGCUUGGAAACAGAGCACUCACUCUCCCAGGUGUCCCCACCAGCCCAGGCAGUUCUACAGCUGGGUGCAUCACCUUCUCCCAGGCCUCCAAGGGUCCAUGGACCGCCUGCAGAGACUUUGCAACCCCCAAGGGAGGGAAGCCUCACAUCUACUCCAGAUGGGGCAAGAGAAGUAGCGGGGGAAACUGGGAGCCCUGAGCUCUCUGGGGUUCCUCGAGAAAGCGAGGAGGCAGGAAGCUCCAGCUUGGAGGAUGGCCCUUCCCUCCUUCCAGCGACAUGGGCCCCUGUGGGUACCAGGGAGCUGGAGACCCCCUCAGAAGAGAAGUCUGGAAGAACUGUUCUGACAGGCACAUCAGUGCAGGCCCAGCCAGUGCUGCCCACCGACAGUGCCAGCCGAGGUGGAGUGGCUGUGGCUCCCUCAUCAGGUGACUGUAUCCCCAGCCCCUGCCACAAUGGUGGGACAUGCUUGGAGGAGAAGGAGGGUUUCCGCUGCCUCUGUUUGCCAGGCUAUGGGGGGGACCUGUGCGAUGUUGGCCUCCACUUCUGCAGCCCGGGCUGGGAGGCCUUCCAGGGUGCCUGCUACAAGCACUUUUCCACACGAAGGAGUUGGGAGGAGGCAGAAAGCCAGUGCCGAGCGCUAGGGGCUCAUCUGACCAGCAUCUGCACCCCUGAGGAGCAGGACUUUGUCAACGAUCGAUACAGGGAGUACCAGUGGAUUGGGCUCAAUGACAGGACCAUCGAGGGUGACUUCCUGUGGUCAGAUGGUGCCCCUCUGCUCUAUGAAAACUGGAACCCUGGGCAGCCUGACAGCUACUUCCUGUCUGGGGAGAACUGUGUGGUCAUGGUGUGGCAUGACCAGGGACAGUGGAGUGAUGUACCCUGCAACUACCACCUAUCCUACACCUGCAAGAUGGGGCUUGUGUCAUGUGGACCUCCACCACAGCUGCCCCUGGCUCAAAUAUUUGGUCGCCCUCGGCUGCGCUACGCGGUGGACACUGUGCUUCGAUAUCGGUGCCGAGACGGGCUGGCCCAGCGCAACUUGCCGUUGAUCCGCUGCCAGGAGAAUGGGCUUUGGGAGGCCCCUCAGAUUUCUUGCGUGCCCCGAAGACCUGUAAGUGACAAGAGGAAACAGGCCCGUGCUCUCCGCUCAAUGACCGCCCCAGAAGGACCACGGGGACAGCUCCCGAGGCAGAGGAAAGCACUGUUGACACCUCCCUCCAGUCUCUAGGGAACAGGCGUGGAAGACUACUGCCCCCACCAGGGCCCUCUCACUUCAACUGCCUGUGCUCUUCCCUAUGAUAGGGGGUUGACAAGAGAGGGGUGGGACUGGAAUUCAGAGGACAAGCGCCCGAAGGGGUUUCUGGGAAACACUUGGGUGACUCCGCCCAACCUAGACCCCGCCCCCUCAUACAAGGGCCUCAGGUUUUACCCGGUAAGUCCCUAAGUGCCUCAACUGCCUUCUGCUGUCAGCUGCCUCCUUGUUUCUCGAUUUCUUUAGGGGACACUGUGCUACUCGUUCUUAAUUUUCAAAGGGUUUUUAGGAUGGAGUACCAGCAAAACCAGGUGGAAAUAAAGUUGUUUGAACCCAAA